UGUUGAGGAUGAUGAUGAGCGGAUGAAGGCUUGUCUCGCGCACAACAAAACCUUGCAGUCAUUAAUUAGUAACGGCGGUCACAUUUGAAGUUUUCUUCAUUAGGUUUUAGCGAGGGGCACAUGAGUGAAGAUACGAAGUGUCAACAAUAGCCAGCUAAGAGCAGAUUCACAUUUAAAAGCUUGUACUAUUCAUACAGCCAAGUUAUACGCAGAAUAUUCAAGUGAGGCUCGGACUACUUUUCACUGCGGAGUCACUUCACCUGCACCAAAGAGGAUGUUCGAGACAAACUAAGGUGUGGCAGCAGAGGUUUAUUGGGCUGAUCUAAUAAAUGUCUACCUAUCCUCAUAUUUGUAUGGGUCGUUUUGCUGAAUCAACGAUCUGCCCUGGUGGAGUGAACAAGCAGGUUGAUUCUAACACACCUAAGUGUCUCUAAAGAAUCCAACAAAGACGUACUGGGCCCUGUCUUUCAUGCAUUGGAAUCGUGCUUGUGGCCUGACAAGUGCACACACCACCCUCAAAGAUUUGUACGACUGAGACAAAUAGUGGACAUGGAGGACUAUGAUGUUCGCUCGGCUUGCCAGCAUCCUGGCUUCGGUGAAAGAGCAGGAGGCUCGCUUGAACAGUUGACCCGAGCCCUUGAGGAGGAACGACGAAAUGUUACACUGCAGCUCGAGGUGCGGCCAAUCUGCCAUCCACUCUCCUACCAGCCAGUCGCUAGCAUGGCAGCAGGUAGUGAUGCAGGAGCAGAGCCCCAGUAACGCCACAUCCCUGGCCAUGAUGCAGGAGCCACAAGAGGUGGUGGAGGAGACGGUCACCAUUGAGGAGGAUCCUGGUACCCCCACCUCCCACGUCUCUGUUGUAACCUCUGAUGACGGCACCACACGGCGUACAGAAACCAAGGAUAUGUUGACUAAUAUGAAGGUGACUAAGAUGGUGAAAACGGUGACCACGCGGACAGUGCGCCAGGUACCCCUGGGUCCUGAUGGCAUGCCCCUGCCUGAAGGUUCAUCCCCUCUGGGCAGUUACACUGACUCCAUUGAUCAGCGCUACAUGAAGAACGGCAUUGAACGUUUCAUUACACCUCAAGCCACCUCCACUCUGACACGCUCCUACAACAAUUCUUACAAUGAUUCAUAUGGCGAGACACCUGAGAGCCAGUAUGUCCGCCACUAUGGCCUGCAUGAUGGCUACGCUGAUUUAGCAGACAACUAUGGCAGUCUGUCUCGCGGUGUCAACUUCAGGCCACCACGCUACCCCUACCUGCCCAACAGCUACCGGCCAGAGAACAGCUACACACUGCCUAUUCGCAAGGAUGACUAUGCCCAUGUGGCCCAGCCCCAGGUGCCUAUGGGUAGCAGUAGUGUGGAUCUGAACCGCUCACAGCCCGAGCGCUUCCAGCCAGAGCCAUAUGGUCUAGAGGAUGAUCGCCGCAGCCUGGGUGCUGAAGAAGAGGAGCCAUAUGAGUUAGAGCCGGACUACUCUACUGCCAGCCGUCGCACUCUGCAAAGCACCAACCGAGGGCGGGCCCAUCGGGAACCUCUUCGUGAUGGGCCUCGUGUCAGAGGGUACCCAGAUGACCCCAUUGAGGUGGAGCUGAUUGAUGAGCGUCACCCUUAUAUUCAUGGCAUCUAUUCCGCACCACUGGCCCAGCCAGAGAGGGGCAGCAUGGCCAGCCUCGAUCGCAUGGGAGGUCGACGCUCACCCUCGAUUGACAGCAUUCGUAAAGACCCACGGUGGCGUGACCCAGACCUACCCGAGGUCAUUGCCAUGUUAGGCCACCCCAUUGACCCAGUUAAGUCAAAUGCGGCUGCUUACUUGCAGCAUUUGUGCUAUGAAAAUGACAAGAUUAAGAAGGAUGUACGUCAGCUGAAGGGGAUUCCGGUUCUGGUGGGGCUGUUGGACCACCCUAAAUCUGAAGUUCACCGUAAAGCUUGUGGUGCCCUGCGUAAUAUAUCCUAUGGCAAGGACAAUGACAACAAAGUGGCCAUCAAGAACUGUGAUGGCAUCCCAGCUCUCAUACGCUUACUGAGGAAGACCAAUGACAUGGAGGUCCGCGAGCUCAUCACAGGAACCCUGUGGAACCUGUCAUCGUAUGAACCUCUGAAAAUGGUGAUCAUCAACCACGGCCUACAGACUAUGACCAACGAGGUCAUCAUCCCCCACUCGGGUUGGGAGCACGAACCAAAUGAGGACUCAAAGCCUCGUGAUGCAGAGUGGACCACUGUCUUCAAAAACACCUCAGGCUGUCUCAGAAAUGUGAGCUCAGAUGGGGCAGAGGCUCGGCGCAGACUGAGGGAGUGUGAGGGAUUGGUGGAUGCCCUUCUGCAUGCUCUUCAGUCUGCUGUUGGGAAGAAAGACAUGGACAACAAGUCUGUGGAGAACUGUGUUUGUAUUAUGAGGAACCUGUCCUACCACGUCCACAAAGAGGUGCCAGGAGCUGAAAAGUUCCAGGACCCAUCAGCUCUGCAGGCCCCUGGCUCAGCAGGCCCACAGAGGAAGAAGAAAGAUGAUGCUGGCUGCUUUGGUGGCAAGAAGGCCAAAGAGGAAUGGUUUAAUCAAGGCAGAAAAAAUGGUGAGAAUGACAAAAACUAUGACACUUUGGAUCUGCCCAAGCGCACAGAGCCUUCAAAAGGCUUUGAGCUGCUCUAUCAGCCAGAAGUGGUGAGGCUCUACCUGUCUCUGCUGACGGAGAGCCAGAACUACAACACCCUGGAGGCUGCCGCAGGGGCUCUGCAGAACCUCAGUGCUGGACAGUGGACUUGGUCCAACUACAUCCGAGCCACAGUCCGUAAGGAGAAAGGCCUCCCCAUCUUAGUGGAGCUGCUUCGCUCCGACUCUGACAAGGUGGUGAGAGCUGUGGCCAUCGCCCUUCGCAACCUCUCCAUUGACCGCCGCAACAAGGACCUAAUAGGAAGUUAUGCCAUGCGGGAUUUGGUGAGCAAUCUGCCCAGCGGUCAGCAACGACCUGCCAAGAACCUGGAGGAAGACACUGUCGUUGCCAUUCUCAACACCAUCCAUGAGAUUGUCACAGACAGCUCUGAAAAUGCCCGAUCCCUCAUCCAGGCCCAGGCCAUCGAGAAGCUGGUCGCCAUCAACAGGACCAGUCAAUCAGCUCGUGAAACAAAGGCCGCGUCCCAUGUACUGCAGACGGUGUGGAGUUAUAAGGACUUGAGGAACACCUUGACCAAGGAUGGCUGGAACAAGAGCCACUUCCAGCCCACAGUGACAGUUACACCAAAAGCAACUAAGAACGGCAAACCAGGUUACGAUGACACCACUCUGCCCUUGAUGGAGAAGAACCAAGGCACAACGAAAUGUGGCAGUGGUGAUGUGAUACCUAUGGAUGAACUGGGUCCAGAUGGUUACUCUACCAUCGACCAGAGGGACAAAGACUGCAAAUACAAGACAGGAGAGGUCUCAGUGGACCUGACAGAACGGGAGCCAUUAAAGAAUGACACAAAUAGGAAACACUAUAUCAGGAGUAACAGGCCUGCGGUCAGUCUGGUGGACGCUUGUGAUGUUAAGCCUCAGCCUGUUGACUCCUGGGUCUAAAUGCAUGCAUGGCUUAAACUCUUGACAGUCCAGCUGUCAUUAUCACCACUGCCAUUUCACAAGGAGCUCAUAUUUGGAGUUGGCCUUCUACAGGAAAGGGGGUUUUACAAGAAAUGAUUACCACGGCGACAACCGGCAGCAGCUAGCAUUCUCUUGCUCUUCAGAAAUUUUUUUAAAAACUGACUGAUUUUGCUACCUUUUUCACAUUUACAUUCCCACUGGACAUCAUGUGAACUUUACAGUUGACUCUUGUUGAAAUGAAGAAAAGGCCGUUGGCUGGUGAAUGGUGAGGGAAUUAAGGACACGUCAAGUACGGACAAAGUCACACGAAGGAGCUGAUCGGAAAAGGAAAAGUUUGUUUUAAAAACACUAUGAAGUAAAAUGGGAAAUGAAGUUAUUUUUCAUUUUUCCACAGGUUGAAGAUGUUUAUGGUUCAGGUUUUGGGUUUUUGUGAAAUUUUCUUUCAGUUUAUUGCCAGAAAAACUUUUUUUUUUUUUAAUUUGACUAAAUCGGGUAAGGACAUAUAUGGUUGAGGGUCACUGUAUGUUUGUGUUUGGGUUUGAUGGGAUGGAUGAACAUGAGAAAGGGAAAGAAAGAAGCAGCAGUUCUCAGACAUACACUACAUUUGUUCUGAGUUUGUUCAAAAAAUUUAAAACUACAAUGAAAUGCUUUGAAAUCACAAGUCGUGAGCGGAUGUCUGGUGGUUGCUGUUUGUAAGUUGAACUCUGGAGAAGGGAAAGUGAGAUGGCGUGCACUCGUGAUGCAGUAAGUUUGUAUUCACAGUGUGUCACAAGCGUAAAUGAAUAGAAAUGACAAAGAUGUUGAAGAAGUGUUGUUUGUUUCCCGGUCAGUUGCUUUUGUCAAUGGAGUGUAUUAAAGAGGCAUUUUGUUUAUAAAUGAUCAUAAACAGAGAGGCAGAGCACUGUGCUCUUGAUGAAAGAAAAGAGUUUUGAUUUUUUUUUAAAUAAAUGUAUAUUAGGUUCACAAUGAAAAAAAUGAAAAAAGAAUGAAAAAAGAGACUUCUUAGUUGUAUGUUAAUAUCAUAUUGUUUGGGAAGCACACGUCAUUUGAUAAAGGUUCACCAUGUUUGUAAUCAACAAGUAACCGCAUAACUGAACUGUGUGUCAAAAUAUGCCGAUGAUCACUUAUUUAUAUUUUAUAUGGUUGGAAAAAUGAACCUGCAGCUUUCUUUCCUAAAUUUCUGUUGAAGCUUUGUGUGGCAGCUCCUGCAUCUUUAGAAUAGACAUUGUGGAUGAGUCAGAGGUCAGGAGGUUAUGCAGAGAUGAAAUUGCAUUGUUGAUUUCGAACACAAAAAUCUCUCCAUUUUCUUGACGUUACAUGUAGAAUAUGGUACCGAUAGCCACUGAAUCAUUCUUCAGUUUUGCUGGUGCAAAUAAAAACAAAAAAGUAUUCAGUCGUGAGCAUGAAAAAAAAGUGUACAGAUGUUUAUAUUGUAUUCUUUCAAAGUGCCAGUUUUUGUGGUGUCAUUUGGAUAUUUACAAUUCCAUUCACACACCGGAAAGUCAUUUUGAAAGGAUGUGUUUCAAAGCAAAGCUGUAUCAUGCUGGAUUUGGUCAAAUAUAUUUUUUAUGACAGCAGCAGUGAGGCCGCACAUGGCGCUCAGCGAGGACGCCAGCUCUUUGGGUCGCCUCGCUCGACUUUUGAGGGACACUCGCUCACUUAUUCAUCAUCAAGGCAUGUGUCUGCAUUUAAGUUGGAUUUUUCUUUGUGAUGUGACUUUAUAAAGCUUGCAUCAUUUACGGUGUUUGCAAAGAUGUUUACGUUGUGGUAAAAAAAAAUAGAAAUAAAAUACAAAAAAAAUAUAAAUAUAUAUAUAAAUUUUAAUUUCAGAGAUGAAAAAGUUCUAAUUAUCCCAGUAUCCCUUUUGUGUGACGACACUGUACCCCGACAAAGAACCGUGCGACUGUCUAUUUUGCGUGACUGCAUCGUUCUGCAGUGCCACAACCAAAGCAUGCAUUCAAGGAGGCGUGGCAUUUCAGUUUUGCAGUUUUAUGUUUUGCUAAAGGAAGUCGUGUUGUAAAGUAGACGCAGGACAUGGACAGACGUCCACUCAAACCUGCCUGUGUAGAUAAUUACCGUUUAAAGAACGUCAAAAUAAAGUAUGUGUACUACUCAGUAGCAGAUGUGUUUGUACCUAUCACGUGCCUUAACCUUUUCCAUGUUAGAGAAAGAUAAAUGUGUUUUAUAUAACUUUAUUCCAGUCGUCAAUCCAUUGCCUCCCCCUCUUCUCCUCCUGUGUCCCCCUCCCUCCCCUUUUCCUCCUCUCACAUCACUCAUUCGUUCAUCCCCCCCUCAGUAGUUUAGACUGUUGGUGGCUUUCUGCCUUGUAUCACAUUGUAUUAUAAUCUCAUAAAAAAAAAACUAAAAAAAGACUCAUUCAAACCUGGUUUUCAGUUCCUAGAGGAGUAAGCUGUUGAUGCUUUAGUAGGCAGCAGAAGCGAUGCCACAGUGACAGAAUGUAUUAUGUUCAGUUUACUAAUACCAAGAGCCAAAUAUUACUCUUGUUAAACAUAACGGAACAAUACUGGUUUGUAGAGUAUAAAUUUGGUGUGUUUUCAAUAAAUCAUGCCUGAAAAG